AUGGACGUAAACGCGAAUGCGCCUAUAACCCGGAUCCCCCCUGAGCUGCUUGGCGAGAUAUUUGGGCAUUGUACGGCAUUCUGUCCCGACGCUCCUGUUGUUCUCUCAGCAGUCUGCACAUCCUUCCGCGACGUCGUCCAGCGAACCCCGCCGGUGUGGACUCGUCUGCGUAUAUCUGUUCGGCAGUCCCCGAACGAGCGGGGCCGAAACGCCGCCAGGGAGAAGGGAGCCAGCAAAGCAGCGUUGUGGUUUGCCAUGGCCCGCAACUGUCCAUUGAGCCUGUACGUCGUGCUGAACGGUGUCGAGGCGGAACCACAGCUAGCGACGGCUGACGAUCACAACGCCUAUUUCUCACGAAUUCCGUGCAUCAAUGUCAUUCAAGCGAAUACUCCGCAAAUCCAAGCCUUAUCAAUCCGGACGUCCUCGGAGGACGUUGCCCACAAGUUUCUCCACUUUCUGUACCCGCCGUCGCUGCACUGUUCUUCUCUGCGGCGGCUGAACAUCAACGUGUUCCCAGAUGCCCCGUUGACCCCGUCGUUGUCGCGGCCGCAUGUCGCAGCGCCCCCUCCACAUAUCCUCCCGCUCCCGGCCCUCUCCAGCCUGCGCUCUCUCAAGCUAACAAACCACUCCUUUCCUUCCCCCGUUUCCUUCAGCACGCUUGAAAGCUUGACAAUUGUGCGCCCGCUGAGAGCAACCCCUAUCAACGCAUCAGACAUCCUGCGCUGUCUCCACGCCAAUCCCUCUCUCGUAGACAUACACAUCGAUUGUCGAAUAUCAGAGCCAGACGACAUCACUACAAGUCCUAUUCACAAAACAGCUACCACAUCAUCAGAUGACGAUGCCAACGAGGACCGCGCCGUCACGGCCCUUCCUCGUAUCUUCUCCCUCCCUCUUGUCACCCACCUCUCGCUCCGUGGCAAUCACCUCCCUCUCCUUCUCAAUGCCCUCGUGCUACCAUCGCUCACAGCCCUCACUCUGGAUGACCUAGAUGGCAAAAACCCUGCCCACCACCUCGGCGCAACGCUCCGUGGCCUCCUUAUCCGCAGCGCACUCGCUACCUCGCACGGCAGGAUCAACAUAACAUCCCUCAGCCUCACCAACGCAUGCAUGUUCACGCAUGUCGUUGAUCAUCAUGCUCAUGGAGACCAUGGAGAUCGAGGCUGGGACGCCGAUGGCGACGAGAUCCCGGUGUGGCAGUGGUGCUUUUCGAGGAUGGAGAGUCUGGAAGUCCUUUCGGCGGGGAACACGGAUGGUGAUGAACAUGUGGGAUUGUUGCAUCUCCUUGCGGAUGCCAGCAGCCAUAUGCCUUCACUCGAGGAAGACAUCGCGGCUCGUACGGGCGCGGCGGAAGGCGAGACACCUGACAGAAGUAUCAGCAACGCCUCUGGCAACGCCAAUUCACCCACUCACCCCCUCAACACCACCUCCACACCGACGCCACGACACUUCAUCUGCCCGAACCUCAAAACCCUGAAACUCUCCUCCCCAUACCCAUACCCUCCCAUCCCCUCAUCCUCCAUCCAAAACCUCAAAUCCGCACGCCCCUCCGUUCAGAUCGAGCUGCUCACACCCAAUAGUCCUGCUCAUGGCGUUAACGGCGUUACCAGCAUCAACAUAAACCCGAAUUCGCUGUCCUAUCAGCCCAACGCGCUCGCUUCGCGUCUGUUCCCCGAUAGAUUCUUGCCUUUGCUGCCAUUGGCCGAUCCCACCUCCGCAUCGGACCCAUCGGGGGGAGGUAAACCCACCCAAUCGCAAUCGCCAUCACAGCGAUCGCCUUCGGACUUGGCGUUCACCGGUGGGAUGGGAUUCGGAUCAACGUUCGAUAGGCGCAGGAAGAUGGUCAGAUCGCAGACUGAUAAGGGCCCGGAGACGCACCCGGCCAACACGUUUAAAGCGAGGAGGAUUGGACUGUCUUCGCCGAAUAAUAGGACGUGUACGGAGCCGGUCGUUAUGUCGCUCCUACCUGGAGAUGAGAAUCUCUGGUAG